AUGGAACUGCAACGGUAUCGGAAACCGAAUAUCAGAACUGACAGCAUUUGUAAAAAUUCACAACGUAAAUAUAAUCCUGCUUGGAGAAACCCGCUUCGAGUGCCUCGACUCCAAAACACAGCUCAAAAUCCCAAAUUUUCAUACUUACCGCACAGAUCACCAACCACGGCCAAGAACCCCUCCAAACGGGAUAAAACAAAAAACGUCAUAUACUCAGAAGUCUUAUAA